UAACAAGAUGGCGGCGCCCGUGGUCUAUCGAAGUUUCGUCAAUUUUAGGCUCAUAAAAAGUAGUUUGAGUCAGCCCAUGAUCAUUUGUAGAAAUGUCAAUCAUGCAGUCAACAUGGGUCAGUUCAAAAGAACUCCUUCUCUCAUGAUCCCUGGCAAUCCAAGUCUGCUACAGAAAUUCUACUCACAAUCCUCAAACGACAGCAGUAGCAGCAAAACACCACUGAAGAAACCAUUUACUCCUUUAGGGAAACAUGAUGGGACUUCAGAAAGGCAUCGAGAUGGAGAGAAGGAACCUCUAGAAGCUUUUCCUGAUGAUGUUAAUCCGACAACCGGAGAGAGAGGCGGACCAAGAGGACCAGAGCCAACUCGAUAUGGAGAUUGGGAACGUAAAGGCCGCUGUAUUGACUUUUGAUUUAUUGGAUCAAAGUUGACAGAUAUGAGAUGCUGAAUGAAGCACUAUAUGUGUAAAUACUGUAUUUAAGUCUAUACCAGUAAAAAGUAAUCUCUUUGUAAGUCACUCUUUUAUCAAGAUGGAACAUUAGUUCAAACUGUUUAGACAGUCACCUGUCGGCAACUAAUGUUACAACCUGCAACCAAAGCAAAUCUCUCUGUGCUGUGAUGUGUGUUUAAUUCGACAUUAAAUCUAAUCCAAUGAAGAAACAUGUCCAUCUAGUAGUAGGUCAUCAAAUCAUUUUUACACCUGUUCUUUAUAAUGUAAAGGUGUAAUAAUUUUCAUUGGCCAUUGACUGCAUGGAGGUGUUGCCGUGUUGGUAAUGUAUGCUUCAUUUUUCAAUAUUGUCACCUCAGGCUUUUCUAGAGUUAUUCUCUGAUAAAUCAUAAGACAUAAACCAUCACUUAUAAUUAUGCAGGCCUGAUACUUCACGCAGGCAACGGAGGCGAUUGCCUCCGUUGCCCCUUGCCAUUGCCUUGGUGCCCUUG